AUGGCCAACGGUAGCACAGAGUCCAUAGGCCACGGGCUUUUACCGAUGGCCCGAAGGCAUGCCGCAGUUGACCGAAGCGGCGGACUCUCGAGCCCCGGCCCAGAGCCAUGGCCUCUGCGCCGUGAAAGAGACGGAGACGGUACCAAGUCGCUCGGACCGUGGCGCGGUGAUUGUUGGAUCCUCUCCUUGCUCAAACUGGUGUCUGUCGUCACUCGCACCCUGUCUCGCAAUUCUUCCAUCUCGCACGGGUCGAACAACGUCCGCGGUCUCCCAUCUGCAUCGAACAACGCCGGCCUCUUCCCGCCGACCGCAGCAGCAGAGACCAACCGAGGCUGCCGCGGGAGAUCGCCGCUUUUGCAACGCAAGAAGGAAUACCCCUUCCAAAGUGCCGCCAACUGCGACGUCAGCAGGCUCAAAGUUCCCCAAGAUACGACAGCACUUUUCGAAAAGACCCUACCCAAGGCUCAACGGAAAAUUCCAUCGCACCCCGGAUCGCUCUCCUCCCUCGCCUUCCGCGCGCUCCCAUCUUUCAAUCGGCUCUCCGUCACUCUGGCCCGUCGCCACAAUCUUCGCGCUCGGAAUCCUUCACUCAUCUGA